AUGGAAGGCGAGACUCAGAUUCUAGAGAUUAGCUUGAUGUCCGCUCAAGAUCUAAAGACCCCCUCCGCUAACUUGCACAGUAUGCAAACCUACGCACUCAUCUGGAUCGAACCCUCCUUAAAGCUCCGUACCCAAAUUGAUCGACUUGGAGGCGAAAACCCUACUUGGAAUGACAAAUUCCUCUUUCGAGUCGACAAAGACUUCGUCACCGGCGAGACCUCCGCCGUGUCUGUCGAGAUCUACGCCGUCGGUUACAUCAAAGAUAAACUCAUCGGCACUGUCCGUUUCCUUCUCAGUAGCUGUCUCCAAGGCGGUGCUUCUGUCACCGGAAUCGGAAUUCCAGCGUUUACUGCCGUUCAAAUCCGCCGUCCCUCUGGCCGAUUUCACGGCGUUCUCAAUAUCGCUGUUACAGUGUAUAAAAGCUCCGAUUUUACAAUCUUGGACGGUUUAUCGGCGAUAUGUUUCCGUGAUUUGAUGAAGCGAGAGAAUGAUCGCCGCUGGCGAAGGCUGAGUCGCAUUGGAUCGAAGAAGAGUGAAAAAUCCUCUGGUGGUGAGUCUUGUGACUUUUCUUGUGGAGACUCGAUUGACUUGGAUUUCUCAGACGGUGGUGACUCGACGUCGUCGUCGUCGUCGACCACAUCAACGGUGUUGAAGGAGUGGAACGGCGGUGCUGGGAGGGCAGAAAUGGCGGGAAAGAAGGACUUGAAAUCUGACGGCGGAGGAUCGCUGUGCUGGUUAAUGUUACAGAGGAAGAUCCAUUUAAGUCCAUCGGAUCAGAAUAUUCAGUUUUGGGCUGAAUCGCUGGAAAAGAAGCAUUGAUGGACGAUCCAUAUAGGUUGUGAGAAGAAAUGAACGGUCGAGAUCAUCCAAAGAAGGAGGCGAUCUGGUGCUAUUGAACAUAGUGGUAGUGAGGUGAUUUUUUUUGUAGCGAUAAUGAAUAUUUCUCACAUUCAUUUUGUGCUACUUGUAAUUUUUGUUGGAGCUAUGUAGAGAAGG